GGCCCCACUCAUGCAUUGGGUUACGUUCCAGACACCUGCCGAAAAGUGAAACCCGCCGAAAAGUGGAACUCAUUCAAUAGAAUGGCGCCCAAUGCCCGAAAAAUGCCGUAAAAGCAGAACAAGCACCAUAUGUGGGUCCUUACUCUAAUUGAAAGCCACCGUAUUAACAGAACGCCGAAAAGCAGGCCGCAGAAAAGCGGGGCCCUACUGUAUAAAUAAUUGAAAAUAAUCAGUUAUGACUGUUCCCAUUUUUCCCUCUCCCCUCCACAAACAUAUCAGACAAAGCCUCAUUCCCAGUGUGUUGAGAGAUGUCACUUUGGAGAUCACAGGAUGGUUCGGGAGGGGGAACCCAUUUGCUGUUAUGACUGCACUCCAUGUCCAGAAGACAUGUUUUCUAAUGAGAUAGAUGCAGUCCAUUGUGUCAAGUGCCCUGAAGAUCAAUAUCCAAAUGAAAACAAGGACCAAUGUAUCCCCAAGUUUAUAACUUUCCUAACCUACGAUGAGCCCUUAGGAAUCACUUUAACUUCAGUUUCUAUUUCCUUUUCUUUGAUCACACUUUUUGUGAUCCAAACCUUUCUAAGGAACUGGAAUACUCCAACUGUAAGAGCCAACAACCAGAACCUCACCUGCCUUCUUCUCAUCUCCAUCCUCCUUUGCUACCUUACUUCCCUUCUGUUCAUUGGUAAACCUGGGAAGGCUACCUGCCUUCUCCGACAAGUAGCCUUCGGCAUUGUUUUUUCUGUUGCAAUUUCUUGUGUGUUGGCAAAAACAAUCAUUGUCAUCCUAGCUUUCCUGGCCACAAAGCCAGGCAACAGGGUGAGGAAAUUUCUAGGGCAGAAAGUAGCAAAUGCCAUUGUUCUUUUUUGUUCCCUCAUUCAAGUGGGCAUUUGUACUGUGUGGCUGUCAACCUCUCCUCCCUUCCCAGAUGCUGACAUGCACUCACAAACUGGACACAUCAUACUGGAAUGUAAUGAAGGCUCCACCACUAUGUUCUACUGUGUAUUGGGCUACAUUGGCUUUCUCGCUAUCAUCAUCUUCACUGUUGCUUUCCUAGCCAGAAAAUUACCUGACACUUUCAAUGAAGCCAUGUUCAUCACCUUCAGCAUGCUAGUAUUUUGCAGUGUUUGGGUGUCCUUUAUUCCAGGUUACCUGAGUACCAAGGGAAAAUACAUUGUGGCUGUGGAGGUUUUUGCCAUCUUGCCUUCCAAUACUGGAGUACUUGUUUGCAUCUUUCUCCCAAAAUGUUACAUUAUUACAUUGAGACCUGAUCUCAAUUCUAGGGAAAUGCUCAGAGGAACACAUAAUUAUAAACUGUGA